ACAACACGGUCAUUGCAGAUGUUCAGUUUGCCCUCGAUUUUGGAGAGCAGGUGGAGCUCCAGCAGAAACGGUGACAAGCAAGGUCAGAUGGUCACUAAAAGUCGCAGUGCGCUGCUUGGACGUGAAAGGGCACACUACAACAUUGCUGGGAGUGCGCCAGGUGACGUGUGACUGAGCUUUUCUUGAUGUCUGAUCGGUGAGCCCCUCCUUUACCACUGCAGCUGGAGUGUUGUUUUUUACGAGGAGCUCCAGAAGGCAACACUGAAGCGCUUCGUCUCUGAGCUCUGAGGACACUCGCACAACCAGCCUUCACUCACUACAGAUAAGACCCCGUGCCUCACUGAUUAAACCCUGACUGACGUGUCUGCCCAGAACCAUGACCGCCAUCAACGCACCUCGGGACAAAUACAAUGCUGUAUGGAUUAUUUUCUUCAUCCUGGGCUUGGGAACCCUCUUACCCUGGAACUUUUUCAUGACUGCAACAAUGUUCUUCACCAGCAGGCUGAAGGACCCAGCUACUACAGACCUGUCCUCCAACCAAACACUAAAUGGGACUUUGGUGGGCGUGGACUCUCGCAAUGUGCUGGAGUCAAAGUUCAACAAUGUGAUGACACUCUGCGCCAUGGUGCCCCUCCUCAUCUUCACCUGCCUCAACUCAUUCAUACACCAGAGGAUUCCCCAGAAGCUGAGGAUUUCUGGUAGCCUCACGGUCAUCCUGGUGGUCUUCCUGUUGACAGCAGUUCUUGUCAAGGUUGAAGUUUCUCCGAUGACCUUCUUCACCCUCACCAUGAUCAAAAUUGUCUGCAUCAACUCGUUCGGGGCCAUUCUUCAGGGCAGCCUGUUUGGACUGGCAGGGAUUCUGCCUGCCUCCUACACCACUCCCAUCAUGAGUGGACAGGGGCUGGCUGGCGCGUUUGCUGCUUUCUCCAUGAUCUGUGCUCUGGCUAGUGGAUCAGCCUUGCAGGACAGCGCUUUUGGUUACUUCAUCACAGCCUGUGUUGUUAUCCUGCUGGCCAUCAUGGCCUACGUUGCUCUGCCCCGGAUGGAGUUUUUCCAGUACUACACAGAGAGUAACGUACCAAGGCCCUCUGCUGAUGAGGAAAAUAAGAUGGACUUGCUCAGAAAAGAUAGCGCUGCAGAGAAGCAACCUGUGGUCAGUCUGACUGAUGAAGAGCCCAGCGUGUCAGUGUUCAGCAUCUUCAAACAGAUCUGGGUGAUGGCCCUGUCUGUGAGCUUCAUCUUCACCGUCACCAUCGGGACAUUCCCAGCAGUCACAGUUGAGGUUAAGUCCACAGUAGCAAACGGGGGCGACUGGGAAAUGUACUUCAUCCCUGUGUCAUGCUUCCUCCUCUUUAACGUGAUGGACUGGGCCGGCAGGAGUCUGACGGCCGUCUGUAUGUGGCCCGGUAAAGACAGCAUCUGGCUGCCUGUGUUUGUGGCCAUGCGGGUCAUCUUCAUCCCGCUCUUCAUGCUGUGUAACGUCCAGCCUCGGACCUACCUCCCCGUUCUGUUCUCCCACGACGCCUGGUACAUCAUCUUCAUGAUCUUCUUCUCCUUCUCCAACGGAUACCUGGCCAGUCUCUGCAUGUGCUUUGGACCAAAGAAAGUGUCACAGCAUGAGGCAGAGACGGCGGGGGCCAUCAUGGCCUUCUUCUUGUCCCUGGGCUUGGCGCUGGGUGCUGCGGUCUCGUUCGCUUUCCGGGCCAUGGUCUAAAAUCUCUGUUAAACCCUUCAGAUUAGACCACCUCACCCUUCUACACUCCCCCUGUCCCACCUGAACAGGAGAGGAAGUUGCAGAUGAGAAGACUCAAGGACAGCAGUCUUCUAAAGUGUACAGCAGAGACUCAUCUCCAAAACCUCAGCAGCAGUAUAAAGCUGAAACCCCAUAUUUGAUUUGAUUUGAUUUGAAACUGAGACUUGUUUCCUGAGGACAUUCUCUAUCAUUGCCAAUGAUCAAACAGGUUUUGUCUUUGAGGUAAAUUUAGCAGAAAGCAACUGGAAGAGCAAACCAAAACCAAAAGUGUACAAAAUUGGCUGCAGUGGCUCAUUUUGUAGAAGACUGGAGAAAUGAUGAUUAAAAAUAUCCAACAAACCACAUCCUGAGCCCAGCCAGGGUUCAUGAAGAAGGCCUGAACACAUGAAGAGCCUCAUUCAUAACACUUCAUUUUGCACCAAGUUAGAAAGAUUUUUUUAUAUCUCAAGCCAAAAGUUUGGUUCACUUAGUUUGACACGUUAUUAGAGUACAUGUGAGGUCAUGACAUUGCUUAAAAAAUGUCAUGUCAUCAUAUUUUUAUAAAUGAGGCUCUUAGAUUUUGAUGUUCAGCUCAUCAUUAACCAUAAAACUCAACUCAUCACUCUUUAAACUGUGAUACUCAAUGUGUGUGUUAUGACGUUUACACAUCAAAUAUAAAACAUCCCUCUGGACUGUUGCAGCUUUGAACGCUGAUCAAGCCAAAUAGAACAAGACGACAUGGGUCAAUGAUGAUAAACUUUGAAGGGAGGUCAAGUCGUGUGUGUGUGUGUGUGUGUGUGUGUGUGUGUGUGUGUGUGUGUGUGUGUGUGUGUGUGUGUGUGUGUGUGUGUGUGUGUGUGUGUGUGUGUGUGUGUGUGUGUGUGUGUGUGUGUGUGUGUGUGUGUGUGUGUGUGUGUGUGUUAAGUUUCUUUAUAACAAUCCAGUCAGUUCGUCAAAAAUGUAAUGACUGAACCCUGAAGACGAGGUUUGAAUGAAUAAUCUGGGCUACUAACAGCUGAGUAUUCAUUGUUUGCGUGUCUGUAGUUGAGAUGAAUUUGUACCAGUGUUGGUAUCUUCAUUAGAGUUAAAUUUUCCAAAUAGAGCAGGGGGUCACAUUUUCUGUGUUGGCUGUCAGCUCACAUGAUUUAUUUUUUUUACUGUUACUGUGUCUUCCUGAAGAGAAUUAGCCACAGUGUAAUUAGAAAAGAGUAAAAUAUGUGGCUAUCAUGGGAUGUGCCAACGUGAGCAAACUUGAGUUCUUACUGUGACCUUUCUCGUUUAACAUGUUCUCUGGAAGCUGAUUUUUAUAUAAAUAUAGUUUGUUGUACGUUUUUCAAACUGUUCCUGGUUUAUUUUUGUUAUGAAGUGGAGGAUGUGUUAAUAAGCCUCCUAUCUAUCAGUGUUAUGUUUUAAUUUACAGUUUUGUGGCCUUUUUUUAAAAUAUAGUUUUAAGUCCGUUUUACUUGUGCACAGUAUUUGUAACAUUGGCUGUGUACAUACUAACAGCCUGUUUGUUUAAAUGCAGAACUGCUCUAAUUGUGUUGUGGUUUAUUUAGGAGUCUGGCAUGUAAGUUCAAAAUGUUACAAACAGUUCAGUGAUCAAAUAAAACAGUGUAUUUUUAAGAA